AUGGUGUUGGGGUCAUUUGUCGGGUGUUGUGCUAAGCACAUGGGAUUGGCCCUAGAUCUUAAAUCAGCCCCGUUCGUCAACGCUAGAGUUCCCAAUUUCAAGAUGGGUUUGUUUCAGGUUGAUCAUAAGGGUAUUAAAAUGACCAGAAAGGGUACACCUAGGAUAUUCUUGUAUCGAAGAGUCGUGUUCAUGCAUAGGUUGGGCUUCACUGAGAAAGUGGUCCUCAAGGACACUGUGUUGUUUAAGGGAGGGAGAGGGGGAAACCAUGAGAUAGUUGAUAUGGAUACGGUGCCACACCUAUGCGCCCAAAGGAGCACAAAAAAUUUUGCCCUUGGUGUUUGGUUUGUUCAGAAAACUCUAGCAUUCGCUUGUGGUAGGGGAGUUAUGAUGUUAGUUAAGGAUGGAGGGAACUAA